UGCAAAAAAAUUAGUUGGGUUAAAACGAACCGAAUAGGGUCGGGUCAGUUUCAGGUUCGACUCGAACCCGACCUGUGACCCGAAAUUGACAGGUCUACAGUUUAGCUUGAGAACACGCAUGCAAAUCCACCUCACCAUAAAAUAAGGGUUCCACCUUUAUCACAAAAGUAUAUCGAUCUCACUAACAUAGUUAGUUCUGUUCAUCCAUCUCAUGCAACCCGCCAACCUGCAAUCCUCCAAUGAUCUUCAAAAACUUCGCUCAAACCCGCAUCGUUGACACUCUCGUAAUGUCCUACGUGACAAGCUUUGACAUUUGGCCCACAAAAAAUUUCCCUUACGGGGGUGUUAGUCAACUUUAUUUUCACCUUAAUUUUUAAAUGUCUUCACAUUUAACUAAAGUUAUCCUUCAAUACCCCAUUUUAACAACAUAAUCUAAAAUCGGACAAAUACACAAUAAUCUCCACCUUGGUCAGAUUUUAUGACCAAAGAACUACAUGUGCGCCUGUUGAGAUCUGAUCGGCUCCUUGUACUAACUCUAUGAGCAAACCCGUCAAACCGAGCCUAUUCCUUCUCGUGCCCGGCCUUCAUUGUGAGUUUCAAUCCAUUGCUCCAGCUCUUGCUCCCGCACUUUCUAACCCACGCGCGCCUGCAUUCCUUACUAUUCCUCCCGUGAUCAAUUGUCACGGGGGAUGAAAAUAAUAUACUAGUAUAAUAUAGGAUAGUUUGAGGCCUUCCCAUUCUUAAAAGCAAGCAUUUAAGGCCUUCCCAUUCAUAAAUAGAAAUGUUAAGAUAAAUUAAACAACGAGUAAAUCCUUGUAAAAUAUUCAGGGAUUUAUCUAUAAAGUUGAAGAUUGUGCUUUAUUAUAUUUGGAUUAUAUUAUCCGAAUAACAUAAGGGUAAGGUUGACAUUGAAAUAUAUCAAUAAGCAAUAGGUCAUUUAGAGUAUCUCUAAUUGAAUGUCAUUUGCCCGUUUGUAGCUCCCGCGAACGUCCAAACGAACCGCAAAUGAAAUCGUAUUUUUGCAUUUCACCUCGGUUGUGAAACGCAAUUAUCACAAAAACCCAUUUUUUCCUAUUAUGUUACAAUAAAAAGAGAAAUAAUAUACAUAAAAUAUAUUUUUUUUUGGUUAAAAAUGAAGUUAUAUACACAAAAUAUUCAGAUUAAAACUUAAUCCAGAUGAACUUUAAAAUCAUUUUUUUUUUCUAAAAUAAACUCAAUAUACAUAACCAAUCAAAACUUAUAUUACAAAAAUCAUAAAAUAAAUCCAAUUGUUGACUCCAAAACUUAUUAAUCUCAUUAGAAAAUCCAUCCCAUGAAGUUUUGACUCCAUCAAAGUCUUGGAGCUCACAACUUCUCAGACUUGCGCUCCAAGCAAUCCUCCCCUUCCCCCUCCCUUAAAUAUAUCACAAUGCAAGCUCUACUCUCAUCUCUCUCAUUCUAUCUUCCACCUAUUGCUUACCUCAGAAUCCAUGGCGGCCUCUCUUAAGCUGCACAAACGGCUGGCCGCAAGCCUUCUCAACUGCGGCAAAGGCAAAAUCUGGCUCGAUCCCAAAGAACUUAACCACAUCUCCUUCGCCAACUCUCGCCAAAAUAUCAGAAAACUUGUUCAUGAAGGUUUCAUUAUCAAGAAACCAGAGAAGAUUCACUCAAGAUCUCGGUCCAGACGCUUCGCAGAGGCCAAGCGCAAGGGAAGACAUUCUGGAUAUGGUAAGAGAAAGGGUACCAUGGAAGCCAGACUCCCCACCAAGGUCUUGUGGAUGAGGAAGAUGAGAGUACUCAGGCGUUUGUUGAAGAAAUACAGAGAGAAUAAUAAAAUUGAUAAGCAUGUUUAUCAUGAUAUGUAUGUGAAGGUGAAAGGGAAUGUUUUCAAGAACAAGAGAGUUCUUGUGGAGACUAUUUUUAAGUUGAAGAGAGAAAAGGAUGGAGAGAAGACUUUGUUUGAUCAAUUUGAUGCUAAGGUGAGUAAGAAGAUGAGAAAGAUAAUCAAUUAGUACCGUUGUAUUAUGUUAAGUGUGUUUAAUUAUGUUUAUCGUGUCGGGAACUCUAAAUUGUAAUCCAUAGAUAAAAAAAAUUGAACUUGUGGCUUGCGGUUUGUUUUAAAUAGGGCUUUAUGUGAGUUUCAAGUAUAUAUGUUUGGUUGUUAAGAAGUU